UUAACUCUAUGGCGCUAGCAGUUAAUUAAUGGCCAGAAAUAAAACCAAAACAAAAAAAAAAAAGACUUCCAUCUUCUUGGAUGGUCAAAUUACAUGUCUUUCUCUCAGUGGAGACCAAGAUCCAAAUUAACUCUUCUUUACCCCCACAAAUAUUUUAUUUCUCAAACAUAUAUCCCUCUCACACGUAAAACAAACAAAAAUUCAUUGCAUUAAACUCACUAAGGAAUGAUUUCACUCCCUCAAACAGUUUCUGGUAUAUGAUUCUACAGUUUCUGAAAAAAAAAAUGACAAGGUGCUUCAGUUUAACCGAAGCCAAAAACUGGUGCUACAGAUUUUCCUUCAACAAAUCAGGGCUUCGAUCCACUAUUACAGACCUCCAAGAUGGCACCAUCAUGCACUGCUGGGUCCCCAAGAUCCGCAAAGACUCCAAACCUAACCUCCUCCUUAUCCAUGGACUCGGUGCCAACGCAAUGUGGCAAUGGGGUGACAUCCUACGCCAGAUGAUCCCUUACUUCAACAUCUUCAUACCUGACCUUCUCUUCUUUGGAGAGUCCUACACGACUCGGCCUGAACGCUCCGAGUCGUUCCAGGCUCAGUGCGUGAUGCGAGUUAUGGAGAAAAACUCGGUGAGGAAACUCAGCCUGGUUGGCCUGAGUUACGGUGGGUUUGUUGGGUACUGUUUAGCAGCGCAGUUUAGUGAGGCUAUUGAAAGAGUGAUGAUAUGCUGCGCUGGGGUUUGCAUGGAAGAGAAAGAUUUAAAGGAAGGGGUUUUCAGGGUAUCCGAUUUGGAAGAAGCUGCCAGGAUUUUAGUACCGCAGACACCUGAGAAGCUCAGGGAACUCAUGGGGUUUUCUCUGUUUAAGCCGCCUCCUUUGAGUUUGCUACCUUCUUGUCUGCUCGCAGAUUUCAUUGGCGUGAUGUGUACAGAGUAUACAGAAGAGAAGAAGGAGCUGAUCCGAGCUAUACCCAAUGAUCGAAAGAUUUCAAACAUUCCCAAGAUCACUCAGCCCACGUUGAUUUUGUGGGGAGAAUAUGAUCAAAUAUUCCCAUUGGAAUUGGGUCACAGGUUAAAAAGGCAUCUGGGGGAUAAUGCUCACCUGGUUGUUAUCAAGGACGCGGGACACGCCUUCAACAUAGAGAAGCCCAAGGAGUAUUACAAGCAUUUGAAAUCUUUUCUAGUCGAUUGGCGGCCUCCUCCAGCCAGCCCUCCUCCCAAGAAUGAAAACCGUACGUUAUCUUGCAAUGCAGUAGAGGUACAGCCUUGAAAGUGAAGUGCAACAGCAGAGCUUGUAUGUAAUUUCUUACCAUCUUUAACUUCAUCGGAAAAAAGAAGUGAACGUCUCAUUUUGAACAGAAAAACAGAAAACCUAUUAAGCUAUUGCAAAGGAGAGUCGUUGUUCGAUACUGCCAUUUCCUUCAGAGCAUCAGGUGCUUUUUUUAGUGUUUUCUUUUUUGAGUAUUUAUUAGGGGAAUCCAAGGUACAAAUUCUUGCAAGUUUGUUUUCCCCCUUUGCUAAAGCCUUACAGGUAGUUUCACAUACAUAUAUGUUCACCCUCCCUAAUAAAUGAAUUUCAGUCAUUAUUUCUCC